AUGGGAAAUAAAACCUACCGAGAGUAUGUUUCUCGUUUCAACGACAUAUCUCGACUGGUUUCUUAUUUAGCAUUGACUGAGGAACAACUGAUCAAUAGGUUUAUUUGGGGUCUACCCUCUGAAAUGAGGGUGUUUAUCAAAUCCAAAUCCCCCAAGACUUUUGCAGAAACUGUUGAGGCUGGCGCUGUCAUGGCUGCCGAGAUGAUUAUGCGGCAGGCUGAAUCUCCUGCACCAAAAAGGAAGUGGGAAGAAAGAAAGGGGGACACCCGGAAUAACAACUUUAAAAGGCCUAAAACAUUUCCUCAAUGUCAAAAUUGCAAACGCUUUCAUACAGGGGAAUGUCGUUUUCCUUGUCCAAAUUGUAAAAAGAUGGGUCAUGCUCUUCAAGAAUGCAAGGAAAAGAAGAAGUGUUUCAAAUGUGGAGACCCUAACCACAUGAGAUCUGAAUGUCCCGAACUCAAAAGAAAUGACAGGACACAACCAAAUCAGCCAAAAGGGCGUGCAUUUGUACUCACCAUGGAAGAAGCCAAAACCAAUACAGACGUUAUCACGGGUACGUAUCUCGUAAAUGAUGUAUAUGCGCGUGUGUUAUUUGAUGCCGGUGCAAAUAGAAGUCUAGUGUCAACUUCCUUUAGACCUUACUUGAACCAGGCAUCCCAAACUCUAGAUCAUGCCUUUACAGUAGAAAUGGCUGAUGGAAGUCAAAGAGAGAUAGUUGACAUUGUUAAGAAUUGUAAAAUAAGUUUAAACAACCAUGUUAUCCCUAUAGACCUAAUGCCUAUGGAACUUGGAGAAUUCGACAUAGUCAUAGGAAUGGACUGGUUGACACCAUAUCAUGCGGAAGUUAUAUGUGACAAAAGGAUCGUCCGACUCCGAUUACCCAACGGCAAACAGCUAACUGUAUCGGGAGACCGCACUGACAAGACUAAGAACCUCAUCACGAUAGCACAAGCACAUAAAUGCCUAAGGAAAGGGUAUGUUGCCUUUUUAGCAUAUGUCAUAAACACUACAGAAAAGCAGAAGGUCGAGGACGUGCCAGUAGUAUGA